AAGAAGAUGACAGUAGAAAAGUAAGGUUAUAUUUACUUUUUACUCACAUAGUUUUAGAAAGUCUCGAAAUUAAAAUGGAAGAUUCUACAAUUUCCGCAUAUUCGUCAUUCAAGACUGUACUAGCAUACUGCGUUUUCAUAUUAGCGUCACCAAUAACUACAUUCUUCUUUUCCAAAUUAGUGUUGUUCGAAGGGAUAAUCGGAGCUUCUCCGAUAGCUACAAAUGUUUGGUCUGCAAUAUUCGCCGUCAUAAUGCUCCAUAUAGCUCUGGGAUUGUAUAUUUACAAAGCUUACUUUGGAACGGAGAAGGGAAAACCUGUAGAAAAGAUAGACUAGUUCAAGUGUUACCUAGGCUUAUUCAAAAUAGUUGUUUUGGAAGGAACGGAAUGGAUGUAAAAUGAUAUUCAACUUUUACCUUCUUUGGUUUAAGUAGAGAACCAUUCAGUUGUGUAUUACCUGUUUUGAAUUAGUUCGGUGAAUGUUUUUAGGUAUCUUUUAUCCUCGGUUUUGAUUUUUUUCAUACAUUUUUCCGGUGCUGUGAUUUUCAUUAAAACCACAAAACAGUUCAAUAAAACACAGUUUAUACUUUUA